GAAAUUGAAAGUGAGAGCGAGAGAGAGAUUAUUUGCAACUUUAUCAGGGAAAGAAAAAUUCAAAUAUCUAUUAGGAGAAAAUACACAAUGUGAGAGGCUGUUUGCAUAUAACUGUUCCUCAACUCACCAAAUGUUAUACAAUUAUAAUACAAUUGCUUUCCUUAAAUGAGAAUUAAACUAAUUCUAAUCCAUUCAUUCUAAUUGUGCCCAGUACAAAGGCAUGUUACCUGUACACUUACCUAGAACUAUAGGAUAGCCCUAUAAAAUAAAUGCAGAGACAGCCAGGGCCUAAAAGUUAAACAACAUAAUGAAAAAGAGAACAACAAAAAAUGAAUGCUUUUAUAUCUGAAUAACUAACUUCUCAUGAUCAACAUUUGAAAAGCUUCAAUUUCCAUAUCCUUAAGGGACCAGUGGAGGAAGGGGACCUGCAACUUGACAGCUGAAGACAGAUCUCAAAGACUCCCCCACACAACUCCACUUUUGUUUAUUCAAGUGAACGGUCAAGAUGAGAAAGCCUUGAUAAACAGCAUACCUGACCAUAUGCCUCUCAGUCUCGGAGUUUGCAGGUAGUGGGUCAGUCGAGGACAGAAGAUGCUCCCUCUUGGUCUGGAUAUGCAGCUGCCGUCGCUCACUAUGAAAGCCAAACCAAUGAGUUGCAUGAGACGAUACAUGGAGACUGAAGAGCCACUUCAAAGUUAUCCGGUAAUAUGGAGACCAUGGAUUCCCUGUCACAGAGAAACUGGACUUCUAGAUAAAUUUGGCCAAGGGAAUGUGUCAUCAAGAACCAGACAGAUGACCAAAGGUGCCCAUGGAUUCCAGCACCCUGUCAGGCUCUUCAUGCCAAAGUCCAGGACUGAGGAAUAUCUGUCUCAUUUGGGGAAGAAGGUCUUGGACAGUUUCCCUGUCCAAGCCACUCUCCACUUCUACAACGAUGACUCCAGCUCUGAGGAAGAGGAUGAUGAAGAUAUGGAGGAAGAGCUGGAGGUUAAUUCACUCAGUUUGGAUCACAGGUCCCAUCCCCUCAGAGAGAAUUCAUAGGUAGUUAAUCUUUGCUGUUUUGGAAACAAGCAGGGGUGAUUGGACAAGGGAGAGAGACAGUGCAGCAGGUCACAGGAGACAUGCUACUUCCGCGGUGAGGGUCUAGUAGAGGAUCCAAGGUGUUCACCUGAGACAGCCACAGGAAGCCGGGAAAGGCCAGGUCACUGGCUGCAGUUGGCCUCACUGAGGUGAUUCUGUUUACACCAGCUCAGUGUCAACACACCUUUAACCCAGAUAUGGCCAUUUUCCUUGACAACGUCCUAUGUUCUCAGGACCUUGUCAUGCAAACUCAAGUUGGCCUUGUGCUGGUCCCUCCUUUUUUCUUUGUAGUGAAACAUUUUCUCUGCUUUCUAUCUUUUGUAUUUAUAAUAAUUUUACAUUUGUUUAUGAAAAAGUGUGUGUUAUAAAUUGCUGGACAUUUGAGUUACUGUGUAGAGGGUUUGUUGGUUGAAAUGUAAAGAAUGUAUGUGGAUAGAAUUGAAUAUUAAUGUGCUUAGUUAGUGAGUGAAUAUGUUGGUAUGGAUGCAAAGUAAACUUAAAAGGCCUUUUUCUUUAUUAAUUUCAAUUAUUUUAGCAUUUGA